GAUUGUAGAUAUCUGUGCUGAAAUUAUGAGUUGUCUCCACUUUAUCAACUUUUGUUUAUUUUGUUCACAUUUCAAAGUUCUCCUAUUAAUUGGUUGAUAGAUCUAGACAUUAGAAGAAUAUACAUGUAGAUUGUGGAAGACUUGUUUUAGGGGCAAAUCAAAGAUUUUUGCUUUGUAAUGAAUCUAAGAAUAAUGGAAAGGACAUUUGACCACUGAUGAAAUUUUUAAAGAAUUGUGUAUAAAGGAAAGAGAAGAGGCAUGGAGAAAAAUCUGGAACACAGUACAAGCAUGGUGAAGAAAGUGGGAACCAAUGCAGGCACCAAAAGGAAAUCAGGAAAAGGUACAGGGAUAAAGAUUAAAUUGGGAACCAGUACAGGCACAAACAAGAAAUUGGGAACUGCUACAGACAAGAAGAAGAAAUUUGGAACCAGGACUGACCAUGACAGGGAUCAGAAACUGGGACCCAGUGAAGGCACAGAGUUGUUUAUCCAUAACAGUAAUGAACAUUCUGAAUCUAAAUCUGAUUUAGACAAAGGGGAGCUUAAUAAUAAAAACACUACUCAAAGUCACCAUGGUGACAACUCUUUGCAAUCUACAACAGACACAGAUAGCAUGGAUAGCAAAAGACCUGUACAAACAGACAUUAGUCAUAACUCUUAUGAAUUUGUCAAAAACAUAAUUGAGAAAUUAAGCCAGGAAAAUAAAUGUGAAGAAUCGUAUCAAAGUCAAAAGGAGAAAGGCAAAUUAAAAUCUCACACAUGUGAAGUAUGUGAUAAGCAGUUUGUUAGUCGUUCAAGCAUGACAAGACACCUGGCAAUACACAGCAAACCAUUUAAGUGUGGAGAAUGUGGGAAAGAUUUCGGUAGAAUUGAAGCAUUACAGGUACACAUGAGCAAACAUGCCAUCACUACACCUUACAAAUGUGAAAUGUGUGGCAAAUGUUUCUGUGAACCUGAAAUUUUACAAAAGCAUAUGAAAAUCCAUACAGAGGAAAGACCAUACAAAUGUGAUGUGUGUAGUCAAAGAUUUAGAGCUGAAAAUAUUUUGGAAAAACACAAGAAAAUACACGAUGAAAAGCCUUAUAAAUGUAAAUGUGAAAUUUGUGGCAAAGAGGUCCAGCGUGGUUACUUAGAGAUUCACUUGAGAACACAUACAGGGGAAAAACCUUUUGAGUGUAAUCUCUGCGGGAAAAAGUUCAAACGUAAGUCCCUUCUUCAAUGGCAUAUGAAAUACGGACACUCAGACAAUAAACCAUAUUCGUGUGAUGUAUGCGGCAGGGGGUUUUGUCAGAGUAGCGACAUGAGGAAGCACAUGAUAGUCCAUACUGGCGAAAAAGCUUAUAAAUGUACGGUAUGCGGGAAAAGAUUUGGUCAGAAAAGUGCUUUAAAAAUGCACAUGAGAAUACACAACAGUGAAAGAGCAUAUAAAUGUAGUUUGUGUGGUAAAUGUUUCAAACAUAAUAGUACUUUAAAAGGACAUUUGAGAACACACACUAAGGAUUUAUUACCUUAAUAUUGGGAGUUGUUUGGAUUCUUACGAUAAGAUAAAAAAAGAUUUAGCUGAAUAUUA